AUGAUGAUCACUUGGGGCAAUCAUUUCUUGGGAAAAGAAUUCUGUCAAAUGAGCGAGGUAUUUAAAGCACGAUUUCCAGAUGACAACUGUCGAAGGCGUUUUCUCUCUAAUGACGACGGGAAUUCAGAACAAGAAAGCGCAACAGAUGUGAUGACAAGAUCAUCACUUGAUAGGGAACUGAUUAAAACGGCAGCAAAAGUGGCGCCAACAAGACCGAACAAAAGGACAAUCGUGGAAAGGAAGACACCUCACUUUAUAUUCAUGAACGGAUCAGCCUUCCCAGUGCCUAAAUAUAAUUUCCAGCGAAAACGAUUACUUAUUUUAACAAUGAAGAGGCACUCUGUUAUCUGA